UCCGGAACCCGAGAGCCCAACUUGGCGCCAAGUUCGGCGCAGCGUCCGCGGGAGCCAUGCCGGUGCUGACCAGGAACGUCCUGCUGGACAUGGAGCAGGAGGAGGAGGACGACGACGACGGCGACAUCGGUGAUGCGCCUGCCUCCAGGAGGCCGUUUCUGGCCCCUCACAGCCUCCUCCCAUCCAGUCUGGUGCUGGAAAACUUUGAGCAGAGUGUCAGUUCCAGCUUCGGGUCCCCGGACAGCCUGCAGGAUUUCCAUUCACCGGCAUUUGAAGAAUUUAAUGGAAAAUCUGACUCCCUCUUUUUUAACGAUGGCCAGAGAAGAAUCGACUUUGUUCUUGUGUACGAAGAUGAAAGUAAAAAAGAGACGAAUAAAAAAGGCACAAAUGAGAAACAAAGGAGGAAGAGGCAAGCCUAUGAGUCGAACCUCAUCUGCCACGGCCUGGAGCUGGAAGCAACACGAUCGGUUCUGGACGACAAGCUGGUGUUUGUGAAGGUGCACGCACCCUGGGACGUGCUGUGCACGUACGCAGAGAUCAUGCACAUCAAGCUGCCCCUGAAGCCCAACGACCUGAAGUCGCAUUCCUCGGCCUUCGGGAGCCUCGGCUGGUUCACGCGGGCCCUGAGGGUGGACGAGAGCAUCAUCAAGCCGGAGCAGGAGUUCUUCACAGCCCCGUUUGAGAAGAACCGAAUGAAUGACUUCUACAUUCUGGACAGGGACACCUUCUUCAACCCAGCCACCAGGAGCCGCAUUGUUUACUUCAUCCUGUCUCGGGUCAAGUAUCAAGUGAUGAACAACGUGAACAAGUUUGGGAUUAACAGACUCGUGAACUCCGGCAUCUACAAGGCAGCCUUCCCCCUCCAUGAUUGCAGAUUCCGCUAUCGCUCUGAGGACCCCAGCUGCCCGAACGAGCGGUACCUGCUAUACCGGGAGUGGGCUCACCCCCGAAGCAUAUACAAAAAGCAGCCGUUGGAUCUCAUCAGGAAGUACUACGGAGAGAAGAUCGGGAUCUACUUCGCCUGGCUGGGCUACUACACGCAGAUGCUGCUGCUGGCCGCAGUGGUGGGCGUGGCCUGCUUCCUGUAUGGCUACCUGAACCAAAAUAACUGCACGUGGAGCAAAGAAGUGUGCGAUCCUGACAUUGGGGGCCGGAUCAUCAUGUGUCCCCAGUGCGACAGGCUCUGUCCCUUCUGGAGGCUCAACAUCACCUGCGAGUCCUCCAAGAAAUUGUGCAUCUUUGACAGUUUUGGGACCCUGAUCUUUGCAGUGUUCAUGGGCGUGUGGGUCACCCUGUUCCUGGAGUUCUGGAAGCGGCGGCAGGCAGAGCUGGAGUACGAAUGGGACACUGUCGAGCUUCAGCAGGAGGAGCAGCCCCGGCCGGAGUACGAGGCGCAGUGCACGCACGUGGUGAUAAAUGAGAUCACGCAGGAAGAGGAGCGCAUCCCUUUCACCGCCUGGGGCAAGUGCAUCCGAAUCACCCUCUGCGCCAGCGCCGUCCUGUUCUGGAUCCUGCUCAUCAUCGCCUCUGUGAUCGGCAUCAUCGUCUACAGGCUGUCCGUGUUCAUCGUGUUCUCUGCCCAACUUCCCAAGACCCUCAACGGAACAGAGGCCAUCCAGAAGUACCUGACCCCGCAGACGGCCACCUCCAUCACCGCCUCCAUCAUCAGCUUCAUCAUCAUCAUGAUCCUGAACACCAUCUAUGAGAAGGUGGCCAUCAUGAUCACCAACUUCGAGCUCCCCAGGACGCAGUCCGACUACGAGAACAGCCUCACCAUGAAGAUGUUCCUGUUCCAGUUCGUCAACUACUACUCCUCCUGCUUCUACAUCGCCUUCUUCAAGGGCAAAUUCGUGGGCUACCCCGGCGACCCCGUCUACUGGCUGGGGAAGUACAGGAACGAGGAGUGUGACCCCGGCGGCUGCCUGCUGGAGCUGACCACGCAGCUGACCAUCAUCAUGGGCGGGAAGGCCAUCUGGAACAACAUCCAGGAGGUGCUGUUGCCGUGGAUCAUGAACCUCAUCGGACGGUAUCACUCGGUUUCGGGGCCGGAGGACCUGACCCCGCGCUGGGAGCAGGACUACCACCUGCAGGCCAUGAGCAAGCUGGGUUUGUUUUACGAGUACCUGGAGAUGAUUAUUCAGUUUGGCUUCGUCACCUUAUUUGUGGCCUCUUUCCCACUGGCCCCGCUGCUGGCCCUGGUGAACAACAUACUGGAGAUCAGAGUGGACGCGUGGAAACUCACCACCCAGUUUAGACGCUUGGUGCCAGAGAAGGCCCGGGACAUCGGCGCGUGGCAGCCCAUCAUGCAAGGAAUAGCCAUUCUGGCCGUGGUGACCAACGCUAUGAUCAUCGCGUUCACGUCGGACAUGAUCCCCCGCCUGGUGUACUACUGGUCCUUCUCCAUCCCGCCCUACGGGAACCACACGCAGCCCACCAUGGAAGGCUACAUCAACAACACCCUCUCCUUCUUCAACAUCGCCGACUUCAAAAACAAAAGCAAGGGGAACCCCUACACGGGGCAGGGCAACCACACCACGUGCAGGUACCGUGACUUCCGAUACCCGCCUGGCCACCCUCAGGAGUACAAACACAACAUCUACUACUGGCAUGUGAUCGCGGCCAAGCUGGCCUUCAUCAUCGUCAUGGAGCAUGUCAUCUACUCCGUGAAGUUCUUCAUUUCCUACGCGAUUCCUGACGUGUCGAAAACCACGAAGAGCAAGAUCAAGAGGGAGAAGUACCUGACCCAGAAGCUGCUGCACGAGAGCCACCUGCAGGACAUGACGAGGACCAUGGGGGCCAUCGCCGAGAGGGUGGUGGAGGCCGUGGACCACAACCGACACCCCAAGGUGGAAUGAGAGCCGCCCGCUCCGACCCGCGCUCCGAGCAAUCAGCCCGCGAGAAUAGACUGCAAUCACUGGUGACAAUGUCAAGUGCGAUCGGCCAGCCGUCCGCACGCUGCUGCCUCCGUUCCCCCGCCAAGGCGGCAGCGGGCAGUCCCACAGUGUCCCCCUGGCGGGUGCGUUGGAAUUCGCACGACGAGUGUCUCCGACGCUCUUCCUCUGGGUUCUCGGCCACGCAUGCCUUCGUCUGUAGCUGGUGGUCAGCUCUGCCCCUGCAGAUCUACACUUCCGGAGUUAACUCUUCCGUCCGUGCCCGCGUCACACGACCUGUGAGCAGAGCGCUAGCGCGGACUCGGGCUGGGCGUUGCUGUGUAGCACACAGAGCCCAACUUCACCAUGCACGGUGCCAUCACAGCUCCAGGAAGGCCCCCCACGCCCCGAGUCUGCGCGUGCUGCCUGACGCCCCUGUGUGCCAGCCCCCAGCGUCCCGGGAGCUCUGUGCCUCACGCACACUCGCGCCAGGUUCAAAGAGGCCGCACCUCCCGCUGCCCAGCUCCUGACCUCUCCCUCCCCAAAGCCCCGUGAUAAUCAGAUGGUUACAAUCACGUGUGGCAGCAGAAUCCUCCGGAAAAGAUAAGCCCCUCUGUUUCCCAGCGCGCGGCCCGGGGAGCCACAGGCCCCGGCAACUCCUCCCUGAGCGAGCUCACUGCCAACACAGCCCAGACACCCAGGCCGCCUGCAGCACCCGUCGGGUGGGCCACCCUCCCGCCGCCUGGGCCUCCUUCCCGUGCCCACUUGGCUCAGCCGAGCAGAGGGCCAGGGCCUGGAGGCUCUGGAGGCCACGGCCCGCUCUCCCCGGGCUGGGGCAGGGUCUGCGCUGUGGCAGACUGGGCGGCUCCGCCCUGAGGUGCUGCUAAGACUCCGUGAGAUCCAGGAGCUCACGUCUAAGUUGCAGUUUUCAAUUCCGGCCGUGAAUGUUUAAAUAAGAGCAGUGUUUGUACGGAGUUCACCAAAGUAGUAUUUGGGCCUUUGCGUCGUCCCCGUGGGUCUUCUGAUCAUGACAGUGACGUGGUCAGGGGGUUCCAGGCUGGCUGCGUGCCCUGCACCGCCGCGGGGGCAGGCUGCUUCCCCCGGCCCUGCUCGGGAGCGCAGGGCUCCUCCCCACGCUACCUCUCUCUGCUCUGAAGCCCGGGGCUGUGCCGCAGUGGAGCCACCGACGGCUCCCUGCGUGUGUCAGCCUGGGGAAGCCAAGGCUCUUACCUCACCGUGCCCAGAGCUCCUGCAGCAGCACGCGUUUACCUUCAGAUCCCCUGCUCAGAGCGCCCCCUGCCUAGCUUCAGAUGCGCUGCUGUGGGUGGGAGGGAAAACCCCUGCGUAUGGCAGACGGAAAGUCUGGGGCCACCCGGACCCCUGGGCCCUCCUCCCAACUGGCCAGGAGCACAGGCUGCGGCUGGGAGUGGGAGGGGAGGCAGUGGGGGAAGAUCAGCAGGCGUGGCCGUGGGCCUGGGCGACCACUAGUGAGGAAGCACGUUCAGCCCUGGGCAGCCAGCCUGAGUGUCCGCUCCACCUGCCCGCGGGAGCCACUCAUGAGGUCUCGCCUGCUGCAGCCGGGGCGGGAGGCUGGGUGACGGCCGCCGCAGCUUAGCCCGGUCCUGGGGGCUUUCACACUCCCUCCGGUAUUUCAGAUGUUAUUUGCAAGGCGAAGCCAUCAUUUUUGUUUUGAAACUGAGUAAGUACACCAACCCCCUGGCCUCGCAUCGCAGGUGCAUCUAGAAUUUCAUAAAACCAUCAGGCAUGGCCGGGGCCGGAACAGCCUUGUCGCCGAAGCCCAGCUCGCACCGUCAUCUUGCGUUCGCGUGCUGAGACGUGUAAGAAGUCAAAACCUAUGCAGAUCCGAAACAUGCGUACGCUUUUCCUACACUGUGGCUAAGGUAUAGCGUUUGUAAUUAAUGUUUGUUAAUUUCUGUGCAUUUUAAUAUUCUUUUAUAAUUAUGAGCCUUUUAAUAAAUUUGUUUUUACAGACAA